AUGUCGUUCCAAGAAUGUCCUGUGCGUAGUGAGCCGACACUCUCCUUCACCCAGGGCCUCAUCCUCGGACAGCUGUCGGUUGUGCUCAUUCUCGCCGCCUUCAUCAAGUUUUUCAUAUUCGGGGACGCACCCUCUCCGGAUGUGACCGCGUCGCUUCGUGCCACAGAGCGCAGGUCCAGGACUCUGGCGCACAAGCACUCCCUCCUCAGCUUGCGCACCCAGAACAGCAGACAGGGGCAACCGCCGGGCAGGAAGAAGUCAAUGGUGCUUCGAAAUCCGCCGUUUCUGACCAUCGGCUCCAUUCUGAGUAAGACAUACUACAACGUGGAUAGCCAUCAGCCAGAAAGCCUGGACUGGUUCAACGUGCUCAUCGCGCAAACCCUUGCCCAGUUUCGGAGCGACGCGCAACACGAUGAUGCAAUCCUCAGCUCAUUGACCAAGGCUUUGAACGGGAAUUCGCGGCCUGACUUUGUGGACGAGAUCAGGGUCACGGAGCUGAGUCUGGGGGAAGACUUUCCCAUCUUCAGCAACUGCAGAAUCAUCCCGGUAGAUGAGGACGGGUUGGGGGUCUCCAACGGCAAGAGGUUUGAUCCCGCUACCGCUGCUCGGGACGGCACACGGCUGCAAGCUCGUAUGGACGUGGAUCUGAGCGAUAUGCUGACUCUUGCCGUUGAGACCAAGCUGCUUCUCAACUACCCGAAGAAGCUGUCUGCUAUGCUACCAGUAGCCCUCGCCGUGUCGAUUGUCCGUUUCAGCGGCACCCUUUCGAUAUCGUUCAUUCCAAGCAAUCCUUCGCAGUCGACCCCCACCAUGAUGACCUUCAGCUUCCUUGACGACUACCGUCUUGACUUUUCGAUUCGAAGUCUGCUGGGUAGCCGGUCCCGCCUACAGGAUGUGCCCAAGAUCGCGCAGCUCGUCGAGGCUCGUCUGCAUCGGUGGUUUGAUGAGAGAGCCGUCGAGCCACGGUUCCAGGAGAUCGCCUUGCCCAGUCUGUGGCCCCGCAAGAAGAAUACCAGAGGGCCAGACGAUGCUAUGGCAGAGGCAAACGCUUCGGUUGGCCGUUCCAAGGGCAAGGAAAUAGGAAGAGAUUUACGCGAGGAAGCACGGAAGGAGGUUGCAGCGGAACAAGAGACGCGCGAACAAACCUCACUCAGGCAGCGGCGGAGGCCAGUAGAUGAGGAUGGAUCGGUUAUGCCUGGGUCUAUGCCAGGACUGAAUCUGGAUUUGCGCCAGUAG